AUUCGCUGAAUAGCAAACCAUUGCAGUUUGCAGACUUCAGGCAGAAUCAGGCUUUGCUCUACUGCCCCUUGUUCUUGUGGCUGCAGCUCUCUCUUGCUGUAGUAGUAGUAGUGUGCUGUAAAGUCUAUUGAUGCGCUUGCAGCAACUCUCAAGAGCUUUUCUACCACUCAUUGGAGGGAGGGGUAUCCAUUGUUCACGUGUUCUCAAAAGAAUGGACGUUCCACCACCGAGCAGUAUUCUCAAUCCACUUCAUCACGAAGAAAUCACUUUAUUUGGUCCUGGCCCUACCAAUACAGCUCCCAGAGUUUGUCAUGCUUCUUCACUGCAGACCUUUGGUAUAUUCAAUCCUCCUAUGGUUGAUCUAAUGAAAGAAGUUCAGGAAGGCCUCAGGUAUCUCUUCCAGACUAAGAACGAGUUAACUUAUGCUGUCAAUGCUUCUGGUAUGGCUGGGAUGGAAACUGCUUUGACUAAUCUCCUUGAGCCUAAGGACAGACUGAUGAGUCUUACUAAUGGCUGCUGGGGAGGGAUCGCUGCUGAAGUGGGAGAGAGAUGUGGAGCAAUUGUUACAAAAUUGGAGCAUCCUCCUGGUGUGCCUUUUUCAUCAGAUGAAGUUGAAAAGGCUCUUAAAGAACACAAACCUCACGUAUUAUACGUAGCACAGAGUGAAUCAUCAACUGGUUUACUGCAACCAGUGGAGAAACUAGGAUCUAUAUGUCACCAGAAUAAUUGCUUGUUAGUAGUGGACACUGUAGCAUCACUAGGAGCAGCUCCUUUCUUUAUGGACAGAUGGGAGGUUGAUGUAGUGUAUAGUGCAACACAGAAAGCCAUCAGUUGUCAGACAGGACUAGCACCAAUAUCAUUCUCAUCUCGUGCCAGAGAGAAGAUAGCAUCCCGCAAGACUAAAGUCCAGUCUUAUGUAUUUGAUGUCAAUAAGAAUAUGGUGCAGUGGGGAGUAGAUGGUGUAGCCAAGAAGUAUCAUCACACUUACAGUUCAACGCUGCUGUUAUCACUGAGGGAAGCUCUCUCAAUGAUAGCUGCUGAGGGACUAGAGCAAAUGUGGAAGAGGCACUCUGAAAAUACCAAGAGACUAUGCAAUGGGAUUGAGGAGUUAGGACUGGAACUUUUCAUCAAAGAUCCUGCAUACCGUCUACCAACAGUAACUGCUAUAUGUAUACCUGAAGGGGUGGAGUCCCCUGGCAGCCUCAAUGCAUAUUGCAUGGAGAAGCAUAAAGUUGAGUUUGGUGCUGCUCUACCUCCUCUAGUAGGCAAAGUGUGGCGUAUUGGUAUAAUGGGUUAUAAUUCAACUGAAUGGCAUACCAAUAAAGCAUUGAGUGUCUUUAAAGACGGACUCCUUCAUAUUGGAUACACUCCUAAAGCUGCUAAAGUGAAGGCUGAACUCUAAAAUGUAAAUAAUAAAUUGUGGGAUUUUUAGUGAUUUAUGUGCUGUCUUUAAUUUAUAUUAUACUUUUGAGUACACACUAUAUGGGUGUACAAUGUACAUGUA